CACUUAUAUCUAUGAUUGAGAGGAUAGAGCGAAUACAUUUGAAGGCAUUUCCCGGCGUCCUGGUUUAAUUAAGAAAAUGGCGCUAUCUUGUGCGAUUUCUAAUGAGGUGCCAGAACAUCCAGUAGUAUCUCCUGUCUCUGGAUCAAUAUUUGAAAAACGUCUUAUAGAAAAAUAUAUAACUGAAAAUGGAGUCGAUCCUAUUAAUGGCAAAGAACUCACUAUUGAACAGCUUAUUGAUAUUAAAGCUGCUCCAAUUGUCAAGCCUAAACCACCGAGUGCAACUUCUAUCCCAGCAAUAUUAAAAAUUAUGCAAGAUGAAUGGGAUGCUGUUAUGUUACAUUCAUUUACGUUACGACAGCAACUUCAAACUGCAAGGCAGGAAUUAUCUCAUGCUUUAUAUCAACAUGAUGCAGCUUGUCGUGUAAUUGCUAGAUUAACAAAAGAAGUUACUGCUGCUAGAGAGGCUCUGGCUACUCUCAAGCCACAAGCUGGAAUUGUUCAAGCUGCUACAAUUCCUCAGCCUGCUGUGGCAGUAGAGGCUGGUGGCACAGCAGCUCAACCAAUGGAACAAGCUGGAAUUACUGAAGAUGUAAUACAAAAACUUCAAGAGCGAGCAACCAUUCUUACUCAAGAACGAAAACGACGUGGACGUUCAGUACCGGAAGAUCUUAUGUCUCAAGACAGUAUCCGUUCAUUCCAAACCCUUGCAUCACAUCCUGGACUGCAUUCUGCUAGUGUACCUGGAAUUUUGGCACUCGAUAUUCACAGCGCUGACACCAGCAAAAUUUUAACAGGCGGUGCUGACAAGAAUGCCACUGUUUUUAAUAAGGAUACUGAGCAAGUCGUGGCAAUACUUAAAGGUCACACAAAGAAAGUUACACGAGUUAUUUAUCAUCCAGAAGAAGAUAUAGUGAUGACUGCAUCACCUGAUACUACAAUUCGUGUAUGGAAUGUCGGUACCAGUCAAACAACUUUAUUAUUGAAAGCUCAUGAUGCACCAGUAACCGGAUUAUCUUUACACCCAACCGGCGAUUAUCUAUUAAGUUCCUCUUUAGAUCAGCAUUGGGCUUUCUCAGAUAUACGUACUGGCCGAUUAUUGACUAAAGUUGCAGGACAAGCAGGUCAGCCGUUAACAACGGCACAAUUCCACCCUGAUGGUUUGAUUUUCGGUACCGGCACAGCAGAUUCUCAGGUAAAAAUCUGGGAUUUAAAAGAACAAUCUAAUGUUGCGAACUUUCCGGGGCACACUGGACCGAUCACAGCAAUCAGUUUCUCGGAAAAUGGAUAUUAUUUGGCGACAGCUGCAGAAGAUUCAUGUGUGAAACUUUGGGAUUUGCGUAAAUUGAAGAACUUCAAAACGUUGCAGUUAGAGGAAUCUUAUGAGGUGAAGGAUAUUUGCUUUGAUCAAAGUGGAACUUAUUUGGCUGUAGCAGGAACGGAUGUCAGGGUAUAUCUUUGUAAACAAUGGCAAGAAUUAAAGGUUCUGAAUGAUCAUACAGCGGCAGCCACUGGUGUUCGUUUUGGAAAACAUGCACAAUACAUUGCAUCCACCAGUAUGGAUAGGACAUUGAAACUCUAUGGAUUAUCAUAAAUAUAGGAUUAAAAAUAUGAAUAUAUAGAUAUAAAUAUAUAUGAUUUUUGUUGAUUUACUGCAGCCUGUGUCUUGAAUGACAUCAAAAGCAAGAAAGCUUGAUGAAAAUUCUUGCAAAAUAAAUUAAAACAGAAUCUUCGACA